GUCUGAAAAAGGCUUCCAGUUUUAGGGAAAUCACAAUUCGACUUCUUUUCUUCUUUACGAAAUGUGGUACAAGCAUCCCCAAGCUAGUUCAGCGACUUGCUGAAAGGACAAGCUAAAGUUUAGCUUUCAGUUGUACGUACUUAGCGCUUUACGGUCCCGACUAGAAAUGACUCUAUGUGGCAGUGUCCGCUCCGGUCUGCUAUGAGCUCUUUGGAGGGAGGUUCAGACUGGGACCACUCCGGGUAAAAGUCCAUUCAUCAGCACAAAUGGCCGGAUUGAACCGUGAGUGUCGCUAACUCCUAGAUCCUGUGGCACACCCACCAAGCAGUGGCCUACAGACUCAGAGUCACAGUCCGCUUUGCAAAGAGUGGGAUCAUUCGCUAACGGGAUGGUUCGGUCAUCGUGCAAUCCCCUUUCGUCAUGUAGCUUCGGAGAUGACCACGAAUCUCGAGGAAGCCAUACUGCAUGCUGGCGGCGGGGUACCGCGCGAAGACGGAGUGACGGAGGACUGCGGAUGAAAGUUCAUCCAUUGACGAGUCUGAAUUGUGUUCUCAGCGUGUUGUUGGCACUAUGUUGGCGGGGAGGCUACGCUCAGCAAUCUCUAUCCGCCGAGGAAUCACUACGAUAUGUUCGACUUGAUUACACGAGUCGUAGAACCAAUGAUACGAGUCGUAGCUGCGGACUGAAUGCAAGCAGUCCGUGUCCUGACAUUGGAACGGCUCUGCAAUCCGGCAGUCAGGGCAGCCGCAGUGGACGCUCGGUAAUCGUCAUGCUGCAAGCAAGGCAGCCAAUUCUGCUGGCCGAUCUUGAUCUGGAAGUGGCCGAACACGUGCAAGGUGUGCAGAAUGUCAGCAUUGAAGCACCUGCCGGCGGUGGAGCAGUGUCCAUUGAGCUGCAGAUGAAGCCAGGUCAGACUUGGCUGCUUGUGGAGGGUUCCUCGCAUGUCAGUAUCACUGGACUAAGCAUCACUUACUUGAACGGACACUUUGGCACGGCAAUCUCCCUCCUCCACAGCUCAUCAGUUAGCGUUUCCGACUGCCUGUUCUCUGGCAUUCGCAAGGACUCGCAUGCGAUCAACGUCACCGACAGCUGGCCAGUGGUCGUACAGUCGUCGCGCUUUCGAGGACUGCACACUAAGCUAGCCGGCCCUGACGAUCAGACUCAGUACCGGCUCGGAGCGCUGAUAAUCACGUACAACUGCACCGGACCUUGUGCCGUCAGUUGUUCGGCACACGGAGGCGGCGGCACAGGCGUGACUGCCAACCAAUCAGACAGCGAUUGUAGCAGGUCAACAACCCUUCUUGUGCGCAACUGCGCCCUCAGCCAGCUCGGCUUCAAGAAGCAGAACAUCGACUUACUUAGAACGGCCGGAGGCCAGGGUGAAAUACUCCAUGGGUCGGGCGUGAGUCUUGACAUCUCGUCUGGAGUGACGGACAGAGUAGUGCAGUUUGAGAGCUGCUCGUUCGUCAACCUGUCGUCUCCGCGUGACCCGGCUAUUCGCCUGGUGUUCGACUUGCAAAGUGCGCAUAACCGCGUGUCGUUCCUCGGCUGCGUGUUCAGCGGGAACUAUGCAGCACGGGGUGCCGUGUUCUACAUCAGCUUAGCAGCAUUAGCCAACAACACCAUACUAGUGUCGGGGAGACAUACUUCCAGCCGCUGCCUUUUCCAAGAGAACUUUGCCUACACCGAGUCCGGUGUUGGCCGCGUCGCUUUCUACGACGCUCCAGAUCUCUGGUUGUGGCCAAGCCAGGUGGUCCUGGAGCAGUGUGACUUUCGCGGCAACAAGGCCGGUGCGUUUGCGCCUCUCGCUGGCGGCUGCUUCACCGUCAGCUACCACACGGUUCAGUUCUCCGGCAACUGGCACCGCCACGGUGCCAAGCCGAUGGAACUCUACAACCUUCUCGUCAACGACUGUAACUUCUCUCAGAACACGGCAGCUCUGGGUGCCGUGUUUUACUUGCAGAAAAGCUCUGUGAGGUUUUCCAACAGCUCACUGCAGUUCAACGAGGGAUCAGCCGUCUAUGCCGAAACCAGCUUGGUGACGUUGGCAGAGAGCACCCAGUUUGUGGGCGGCUAUUCUGCGGUGCAGACCACGACGCCGGGCACUGCUGUAGCGCUGCACGGGGGCAGUCUGCUGCACGUUGAUCAGAGUUCGUCAGUGUUGUUCCAGGACAACACGGCAGUGGUCUCGGGUGGAUCAGUGUUUGUGGACGAGUUUACGUCCAGCAGUACCUUGCUGCAGGUGCUGGAAUUCGCCACUGCAUCCAACUUGUCAUCCAAGCCAUGCUUCUUUGAAGUGCCCGGCGAUGCAUGGAUCAGCUUCGGUGACAACGCCAGUACACGGGACACAGCUGCAGCUGUGAACUUUUCACACAACAUUGCUCCGUUUGGUCGUGAUGUCUACGCUAACUCUUUCCUGCCUUGCUACGCCAGCUCUCUGUACCCAUCUCUUGAGGGCCAACAGCCAGCUUCUAAACUACCCGAAUCCACACGUCUCCGGCCUACUGGGCCUAGCUUGUCAACUGGACCAGCAUGGAUUUUGUUCUCUAGCACCUCCUGUGACUGUCUUAAACAGCUGAUGAACGGCACGGAAAUGCAGUUCUGGAGGUAUGAACGCAAGUGCAAUGGGCCCGCCAUUGCCGCAGACUACAAGCAAGGCCUGGGAAACUGGAGCAUUCCCUAUGAUGCUGCUGUCGACAAGAUCCUAGUUGAUAUCACGUCCUGGACUGUUGACAUCCGUCUCCCACCCAGAGAUCAAUUCUUGCUGCCGUGGGGAACUGUUAUCUGGAGCUAUUACUAUCUGUCAACCUUGAACGCGUCACUGGCACAGAACAUCGCUAACCUGACGCUGUACCCUGCACCUGGAGAGGAGUUCACGCUGACACUGAACACGCUGGACGCACGCCUGUCCGACGUGCAGGCAUCGCUCUUGUUGGAGGUGGUGCAAGGUGAUGUGUUGCUACGGUACGGAGGACUUCAGUUCCACAAGGGAGACAUGAUCUCCUUCCCCGCGCAGCACCCGCUCGUCGGCGUUGCUCUGGCCGGGAAGCCGGGGGCCAUUGGUUCCCUGUCCGUAACCACAGACGGCAUUGUAGCGCUGCACCCGUUCAGACUCAUCAUCCCGUUCCGUCUCCAGCCCUGUUACCCUGGCUUUAAGCCGACGCCACUGAUGUCACAAAGCGAUACACAGAUCCGUGCUCUCAUUGACAACCUCACAGAGACUGUGUCAACGUCAUCCAGCAAGAGCCUGACCGGUCUGAUCUGUGCGUGCGCAUCGGAACUCACCUACUGCUCCGACGACGGCUACUCAGUGACCGUACCGACAGGGUACUGGGCUGGACUGGCUGGUGAGACGGCCACGAAUCUCUACACUCACCCAGAGCGCUCAUACAUAGGCAAUCUCACUGAGUACGAGCAGCGUGCCGUGGCCUUAGCGGAGAAUUUCCGUGUCCUGCGGACUGACCAGGUGGGUCAGUUCUUUCAACUCGAUCUGGUCAGCGGCAAUUGGCCGCUGCGCACCACGGAUCCAUGCCAGACCGGCGACAAUCGUACCGGCCUGCUCUGCACCGAGUGCAGCUAUGGUUACAGUCUGGUGCCGCUGCAGUUGUUCAGAUGUGAGAACUGCAAGAAUGCAAACUACUCAGCAGGCAUAGCAUCCUACGUGUUUGUGACGUUUGCAUUCACACUUCUGCUAAGCGCACUGACAUUCCUGUUCGGCGUUGGUGUGGGAGCAUCGUUUGACACGUGGUCUUUCUCAUUCCAGAUUGCCAUUUUCAUUUCACCUCAACUUGAAAGUGUUGUGACCGGGCAGACUAACAUCUACUUUGGAGCUCAUCAGUGUAUCUCAGAGAACCUGAGGCCGAUUCCGCAGAUUGCAGCUACCUAUAUCAUACCGCUGGAAUUGCUGCUCAGCUUGGCAAUUGUUUAUAUACUGUUUAUCAAAGUGCGCUGGUUUCGGCUGAAGUUUGCGAGCUUGUCCUUCUUUCCUACACUCUGGUCUGCAGUUCUCUGGAGUUAUAACUAUGUCAUCUUCACAUCGUUGCCGUUGGUAACCUGGACCGUCAUUGAUGGUGAAUGCAGAGUUGCUUUGGAUCCUUUGACCAAGUGCUUUGACGACGAACACCUGCCAUACGCUUUGCUCGCGACUUUGCUUCUCAUCUUCACGAUCUUCAUUCUUCCACCAAUGCUGCUCAUCGGGCGACACACACGAUGGCUGCGUCCGUUUGCCAAUGUGUACCUGGCACCGCUUCGCGAGGAUCGCUAUUGGUGGAUUGUGUAUGCCCUCGUGCGUCGCCCGGUGCUGGGCAUUGUUUGUAUCUUGUCAGCCGGGACUCUUCGCAGCAUCCUUCUCAUCGUCCUGCUGCAGGCAUCGCUGUUCAUCCUGUACAUGGCCAUGCCCUACCGGCGUCCGAUUGACAACUACUUUGAGGUCGUGGUGCACACCACCCUGGAACUGAUCGCGUUCUUCCUGCUGUUUGAACCCUCCACUGGCCUUUACGUAGCGUCGUACAUUUGCUACUGGUUGCCUUCUUUGAUUGCUAUUGGCAUAGGGUUGUACACUAUCCGUGCUAGCAUUGUGGCCAGGGUUAACCAGUUUGUUAGCUUUCUUUACAAGCACAAGAUCUUGAAAACGUUGCAGGAAGACUCAUCUUGCGAUGAGAUUAGCAAGUGCAGGACCGCCCCACUGCUGGCGUCCAGUACGCCGCGGCUCAGAACGGCCUCGCAUUACUCAUUCCGCGAUCCGCUGCUCUUCGAUACGCUCCAAGAUAUCAGAGAGUGACUUGAUCUCAAAUGGCUCAGUUCUUCUUUGCGUGAAGGGUAAUGUGUGUAGUAGUGCAUGGUUGUACAUGUGGUUCAGCCACCUUGGUCUUGCAUUGUUAUGCACUUACCGCAUGCUUGUUUAUCCUUGAGAAACGCUUUGUAGUGCGCCAUUGAAGCCCUGCUAGAUUUGCAUCCGUGCCAGUAUCCGGUGCAGAAUUUAUGUCAUGGGACCGAAAACUCUUUCUGCUGCAUGUUUCCUUCACGAAGCAUUUAAUAGUAUGCUAUUUUCAGUGAUAAAUCAUUAUUGGUUGAUCAUUCCACACCUGGUAUACUGAUAUGACUUUAUUACUCUAUUACUGAAGUAGGAUAAGAAGAAUGCAGUAGUUUGGACUGAGUCUUGAUCACAACAUAGCAUCGAAUGUUAGAAUAGUGUGCGCACUCAUAUCAGAAGCAAGGUAACCAUAGCAGUGUUCCGGAACGUUCCCUUAAACCCUACUCAUUCUAAUCACGGAUUGUUUCCUUGGACUAACAGUCACUGCUCUGAUAGUAUUCUUGCGGUGUAUGUCACCACUGCCCCGGCA